AAACAGAAGCGAGAGACCGAGACCAUGAGUAAUCCAGCAGCUGGUGCUGCCGUUGACGGCGACGAGGCCACUUGCCUGCACGCUCUAGAGCUCAUCUCGUCCUUUGCUGUCUCCAUGACCGUGAAGGCCGCGAUCGAGCUCGGCCUUAUCGAUGCACUCAGCACGGCCGCCGGCCGGGCGAUGACAGCGGACGAGCUGUCCGCGCAGCUCCCGACCGCGGACAAGGCUGAAGCGGCUGCCUCGGUGGACCGGCUGCUCCGGCUCCUGGCGUCCUACAACGUGGUGAAUUGCUCGACGGAGACAGGUCCCAGCGACGAGGCGCUCCAGCGGCGGUACACGGCCACGCCUGUGUGCCGGUGGCUCACCAGCAACAGCGGCGAGGGCUCUCUAGCUCCGCUGGCCAUGUUCGCCGUCGACGAAGACUACUUGCCCUCCUGGCAUCAUCUUGGGGCCGCGGUGGCCGGCGGCGGGCCAGCAGCGUUCGAGAGGGCGCACGGGGUGCCUAUGUUCCGGUACAUGGGGAUGAACACGAGGCUGAACAGGGUGUUCAACCAGGCCAUGGCGCAGCAGACGAUGAUGGUGAUCGGCAAGCUUCUGGACCGCUUCAAGGGGUUCGACGGCAUCGGCGUGCUCGUGGACGUCGGCGGCGGCACCGGUGCCACACUGGAGAUGAUCACUUCCCGGUACAAGCACAUCAAGGGCAUCAAUUUUGACCUGCCUCAUGCCCUCUCUGAGGCUCCGGCUAUACCUGGUGUACAGCACGUAACCGGAAAUAUGUUUGAAGAAGUGCCCUAUGGAGAUGCAAUUUUCCUAAAGUCAAUCCUUCAUCUACAGAAUGAUGAGGACUGCAUGAAGAUCCUCUCGAACUGCCACCGUGCCCUCCCAGAGCGUGGCAAGGUUAUCGCCGUGGAGAUCGUCUUGCCCGCUAUCCCAGAGGCCACCCCAGUGGCUCAGAAUCCGUUCCGACUUGAUGUCAUCAUGCUUAACAAUUUUCGAGGAGGGAAAGAGAGGACAGAGCAGGAAUUCGUCAAGCUUGCAAGGGACUCCGGCUUUGAGGGCGAGUUCGGGUCAACCUAUAUCUUCGCCAAUUAUUGGGCUUUGGAGUUCUCAAAGUAGUGACCAAGAUCAAAUAAUCUACAGAUUUGUUGUUCAUUACUAUUUUUUCGUUCUAAAAACAAUAUAAUUGUAAUUUUGGAUUGUUUCAAGAUUGGAUUUCUAAUUGCUCCAAUAGUA